UCUCGUCAGAGGAGGAGAGAGCGUGAAUGGCGGGUGAGGCGAGAGCGGGACUCUUCCCCCAGUCAGGGGGCGCCUGAGAGAGACCGAGAGACCAGGCGAGGCCGGAGCUCAGCUGCUGCUGCUACGGUAUGCAGCCCCUGGGCCCCCUGUGCGUGCUCUUCUGCCUAGCGAGGCCGCUGCUCGGCGUGGCCGCCACAGAAUCUUCCUCCUUAUCUGCACCAGAGAAUGUGACAAUUCAGUCAUAUAAUUUCAAUAAUGUAUUGAAAUGGUCUCCAGUUACGGCAAUCAAUGGUUCAGUGACUUAUAGUGUUGAAUGGAGGUUUAAAACACCCAUAGCAUCAGAAGUAAAAGUAUGGGAGAAAGUGAAUUGCACAGAUAUUACAAAACCUGAAUGUAAUUUCAAUCAUGAGAGGAAUCAUGACUGCAUCAUUUUACGUGUUAGGGCUGAACAAGGGGAAUUAAAAUCUACCUGGACUGAAACUAAGCCCUUUCGAGCACGGCAAGACACUAUUUUAGGACCUCCAAGAGCAAUCAGUUUAAGCUCAGAAGGUACCACGAUUCAUAUAAGCUUCUUGCCUCCCUUUGAGCAUCCAGAAAAUAAAAUUGAAUAUUUUGAAUAUUUAAUUGAAUACUGGGAGGAAUCAACAAGUGAAAUACUGAGAAAUUUGAGCAAGAAUAGGAGAGAAACAUUCAAGAAUCUGAAGGAAAGGACUGUAUAUUGCUUUCAAGUAACAGCAUCAAUCCCACAUGUAAACCUAACAUGCCAAAAAAGUAAAACCAAGUGCAAAGAAACUACAACUGACCCAACGAGAAUUCUGCAUGUCGUACUGAUAUUUGGAUUUGCAAUAUUUAUACUCAUUGGAAUAUUUGUGUGCAUAAUGCUUAUUCAGAAAUAUAGAAGUGUAAUCAAAGCUAUUUGGAAGCCACCUCUAACAAUUCCAUCCCACUUCGAAGAGGAUUUACAAAAUCUUCACACAACUGUGGUUGAAGAAUUUCAGAACUGUGCUGGAGAAGACCAUUGGGACAAUGUGUCAGAAAUCUCUGAACAAAGACAAACUGUGACAGACAAUUUUACUGAUCAAAAUCAAGAGCUGGCUGUGGAAGAACAUAGAUGACAAGAUGAUUAAGCACCUUCACCUCUCAUGUACUGAUGCUAAACCUCAAUGUCAACUUGUGGACUUUCACUACAGAGAAAUUGUAUUAAUGCCCUCUGUUUAAGAACAGUUAGUUGCAAAACACACACACACCCUAUCCAUGUGUGAAACUGUGAAGUAGAAACCAGCAGCAAAAGCAUUAAGAGCACAUGCUAUAUGCUGUGCCUUGAUUAUGGAUGUAUUUGAAUGCUUGUCAAAUUACUGUGAAGGGUCGUCGUCCCCCCGCAGGCUUUUUAACAACCUUGCAAACACACAGGGGUGUUCUGAUUGUCUCAGAAUGUGUGUGUGUGGUUUCUAAGAAGCCUGUGGCAGUAUUUCUUAGCAAUUGACUGCAAUAGUAAAGUGAAAUUGAAUUGUAUAAUUUAUAUUGAUGGAAUGGGGUUAGCAAUUUUACCUGUCUUGGUUGCUGAAAGAGCAGGAAGACAAUCUGGAGGUGCCAAUUGAUAUCCCCCUUUGCUGCUUAAGGUACAUAAGCUCUUUCCAUGGGCUUUGGCUGGUGGGGCUCCUGCAGUCUUUGGGUGGAAUUCACAUUAGUGGUAGGAGAUUGUUCCACCAGCGUGUUUCUGCUUGCCUGACAACCACCUCCCCUUUCCUCCACUUGCAUGCUGUUUGUUCUGGGUGUUCUCCCGACCCUCCAGAGUAGAUUUGGGGGAGGAGAGCAGGGGAAACUUUGUGCCGGCAUCUGCCAGUGGAACCAAGUAGUUGAAUCUAGCCCUUUCUUUGCUGAUUGGGUACUUGCUUCAAUCAUUCAUGCAAUAACCUCUCACUUAGGUUACUGUAUCCAUUCUGGAAUAAGGUGACGUUGAAGAUUGUUUGAGUACUUCAGCUGGUACAGACUAUGUCGGCCCUUACGACUAGAGUGCAGAGGAAAAAUCCAUUGAAGGUAUUUGAUCUUUUUCUAAAGCACUGGGCCGUACAGGUUUCUGCUCUUUACUGGGGC